AUGGCGACGGCGACAUCGGAACGAGUCGAGUUAGCCAAGCACUGUAGUUCGAGGAACUGGUCUAAAGCUAUCCGAGUUCUCGAUUCGCUUCUUGCUAAGCAGUGUUCAAUUUUGGACAUAUGCAAUAGAGCUUUUUGUUAUAAUCAAUUGGAGCUUCACAAGCAUGUGAUUAAGGACUGUGACAAGGCACUCCAGCUUGAACCUUGUGUAAUUCAAGCUUAUAUGCUCAAAGGACGCGCUCUUUUGGCUCUCGGGAGGAAACAAGAGGCUGUUCUUGUUUUGGAUCAUGGGUAUGAAAAUGCUUUGCAGCAGACAGCAGAUGUGAAGCAGUUACUUGAAUUAGAAGAACUACUGAAAGCUGCACGACGAGAAAUUGAUGGCGCUUUCAAAGAUCAGGUGACUGAGUCCAAGCAAGAGGCCCCUGUUUCGUCUCUAGGGUCAUGUGCUAGUGAGAAAUUUGAUGAAAAAAUCGACAAGCGGGAAGACCAUGAUAAGGUUAUUGAGACAAGCGAUAAUGCCUGCAAAAUAUCAACCGUGGCAGUUUCUGAAUCAGGAGCAUGUAGCAAUGGGAAAGCCCACAAAUCAUCCAGUAAUUUGGGAGAGCAAUCAAAGAUAAAAAGUAUUUCAAAGGAUGCAUCCAAGGCAAACAAGCAAUCUGGUGGGAGUUCCGAUUUAUCUAAUGGAUCAGUAUACAAGGAAAAAGAGAAUGGAAAGUCUGGCAUCCAAAUCCAAAUCAAUGGUUCUCAUGUGUCAUGUAAACCAUGUAAUGGUUCUGAUUUGCAUGAUAAUUUAUCUGAAAGUUCUGAUCGGUUAGGGGAUUUGUCGGUUAUUGGAAACAAGUUAAGCAUUAAGUCCGGAUCUAUUGGCAAAUUGCACCUUAAAGCCGGAGUUAGCGAUGAAACUAAGAUGAAUAAGAAGUACACCAUAGCAAGAAUAUCAGAUACCCAUUCUAUAAGUGUGGAUUUUCGACUUUCUAGAGGCAUUGCACAGGUGAACGAAGGAAACUAUACAAAAGCUAUAUCUAUUUUUGAUAAGGUGCUGAAAGAAGAACCGACUUAUCCUGAGGCACUUAUAGGAAGAGGGACAGCUUAUGCAUUCCAACGAGAGCUUGACAAAGCUAUAGCUGAUUUUACUAAGGCUAUUGAAUCUAACCCAGCAGCAGUUGAGGCCUGGAAGCGGAGAGGACAAGCUCGUGCUGCUCUUGGGGAAUUUUUUAAGGCGGUUGAAGAUUUGACUAAAGCACUGGUUUUUGAGCCAAACUCACCUGAUGUAUUGCAUGAAAGGGGUAUUGUUAAUUUCAAAGCUAAAGACUUCACUGCUGCUGUAAAGGACCUAUCUAUAUGUCUGAAGCAAGAGACAGAUAACAAGUCUGCAUAUACUUACUUGGGAUUAGCAUUUGCUUCUCUUGGUGAAUAUACAAAAGCUGAAGAGGCACAUUUGAAGUCGAUCCAACUGGAUAGUAAUUAUCUUGAAGCAUGGCUUCAUCUCGCCCAGUUCUAUCAAGAGUUGGCCGACCACAGCAAGGCUUUGGAAUGCAUUGAGAGGGUUCUACAAGUUGACAACAGGGUUUGGAAGGCCUAUCACUUGCGUGGCUUAGUUUUCCAUGGAUUAGGUGAACACAGGAAGGCUAUCCAAGAAUUAACUAUCGGCUUGAGCUUUGAGAACUCACUGGAGUGCUUGUACCUACGAGGUUCCUGCUAUCAUGCUGUGGGAGAGUAUAAAGAUGCGGUGAAGGACUACGAUGCUACAGUGGAUGUGGAACUUGAUGCGGUGGAGAAAUUUAUACUUCAAUGCUUAGCAUUUUAUCAGAAAGAGAUUGCCUUGUACACGGCUUCCAAAGUUAGUAGUGGCUUUUUCUGCUUUGAUAUUGAUGGUGACAUAGAUCCAGUGUUCAAGGAGUACUGGUGCAAAAGAUUACACCCAAAAAGUGUAUGUGAACAGGUUUACAGACAACCUCCCCUACGUGAAUCCCUUAAGAAGGGUAAACUGAAAAAGCAAGAUCUUGCAAUAACCAAACCAAAGGCGAAUCUUCUUCGUUUUGCUGAUUUAAUUGGCAAGAAAAUCCAAUAUGAUUGUCCCGGAUUCUUACCGAACAGACGUCAGCACCGUAUGGCAGGAUUGGCAGCAAUAGAAAUUGCUCAAAAGGUUUCAAAAGCUUGGCGCAUAGAGUGGAGGAAUUCAAACAAAGGCACGGCAAAAAAUGGGAAAAAAAACCGGAGGAGAGAGAGAAUUAACAUGCUUAGCCAGAAUAGAGGUGGCGCUGGGUGUAGUACUAGCAGUUCCAGUGAACCGUCAACUGGAUAUGCCUCACUAGAAGAUCGAUCAUCUGGCCGCUCGAUGUUGUCUUGGCGAGACGUUUAUUCCUCUGCUGUCAGAUGGAGACAAAUUUCAGAGCCUUGUGACCCAGUUGUGUGGGUUAACAAACUAAGUGAAGAUUUUAAUUCUGGGUUUGGAUCUCAUACACCGAUGGUACUCGGACAAGCGAAAGUAGUACGCUAUAUCCCAAAUUAUGAAAGAACGCUGGCUCUUGCAAAGAGCAUUAUCAAGGAUAAACUCUCUGUCCGCAACAAGAAAGAUGAAGUUAUCGAUCUAUCUAGUGAUGAGAAGAUACAACAAAUAAUGUGCGCUGAAACGUGCGCUGAGCUACACAAAAUUGUUGGUGAGGAUUUCUGGGUGGCUACUUGGUGCGAGAGUACCGUAUCCGAAGGGAAACGCCUUGAAGGAACUAGAAUCACCUGCAUUCAAAAAGAGGGAAGGCUUGGGUAUGAUUUUGCGAUUCGAACACCGUGUACACCUGGGAGGUGGAGCGAUUUUGAUGAAGAAAUGACCUCAGCUUGGGAGGCUUUAUGCAAUGCUUAUUGUGGAGAGAAUUACGGUUCUAUCGACCUCGACACUCUAGAAACCGUUAGAGACUCUAUCUUACGCAUGACAUAUUACUGGUACAAUUUUAUGCCGUUAACUCGAGGGACCGCAGUAACGGGAUUUGUAGUAUUACUCGGACUUCUGCUUGCUGCUAACAUGGAGUUCACUGAGAACAUCCCGAAAGGGUUACAGAUCGAUUGGGAAGCUAUCCUCAAUGUUGAACCGAGUUCCUUUGUUGGUUCGGUGAAGUCUUGGUUAUACCCGUCGCUGAAGAUCAAUACGUCGUGGAGAGAUCACCCUGAAAUCUCCUCGGCAUUUUCGACAACAGGAUCAGUUGUCGCGGCGCUUAGCUCUUACAACGAUUGA